AUGAACUUUCGUACGACUUACUUAAGGACUUUCCCGAUUCAAAAAUUAGAUCAACAGAGACUCUCUUCCCGCCAGCCCGUGCAGAACUUUGCCUACUGUAUCUUUGUAUAUUUGUACUUGUAUUGUUUACCUGUGCUUACAGAAUAUAUUCUAAACCAUGUCUGACAGAGAAGAGACAAAGAGGGCCUGGAAAGAAGCAGGAAACUCAAGACAGCGACCUAAGGCCAAUAAGUUUGAAGCUCUUAGAAAGCCAGGCGAGAGUGUAAUGGACUGUGUCCGCCGCCUUAGUGAUAACCACAUCAUGGUGGAGCCUAAAAGUUUAUACAUGAAUCUAGUUACACAGAGUAAUGAUGACUUGAAGAAAGGAUCCGUCCUCCAAUACAAGGUUGCCAAGACAUUGGGGUUCAAACACUGGAUUCAUGAGAUGAGGUUAAACUGCCAAUGCGAUUUGCCGGACUCAUGGAUUGAGGAAAACUUACCCUCCUUAACCCGACAGAAGCUGGUGAAACCUCAUCGGUCAACCAAACCAUCUGAUGCUGCCGUAACUUCGCGCGACAUCAGAUUGACUACUGAUCCAUCUCUGCAAGUUGUCCGGAUGAACGCUGUUGAUGACUCAGUGCUGGAUUUAAGCGAGCCUGUUCCUGGGACGUCAGAAGGUAGUGGGGAGACAACCUCAAAGAAGGAAAAAGAACAGGAAACAAAAGUAAAGUCUACCACCAAGCCAAAGCCCACGUCCAAAGAACCAAAAACCUUGGAGGAAUCCUACAUCCAAGGACAAAGGCAACUUUACAGGAGACAACAGAAUAUUGUAUACUGUCAUCAUGUGGAUCCAUGGACAAGAGAGCAAGGAGACAUGCCCUAG